CUAAAUAUGUGUUGUGGUGCAACAGUUAAAAAUAUUAAAUUGAGGCGCGGGCGCGAGUUUAAUGCAAUAGACAAUUGCAGGCUGUGAAUGCCAGCACCUGCAAACGCCCAACAGCAUCAAAGCUUUUAGUGGGUCUCGGUCUCGAUUCCCCCCGCCUUCCAGUCAGCCAGCCAGCCAACCAGCCGGCCCUGCCCCUUCUUCUCAAACGGCCUGUAUACCUCACUCGCCAUAAACAACAGCCAGCGAGAAUUGUGCGCAUCGGAUUGAAUGUGUGAAUCUCAAAGAAUUUUUGUUAAGUUAUCUCUGCAAUAUGGGCACCAUAUCAUCGGUACUACAGUGGUCGUGUGCCAAGUGCAACACAAUAAAUCCAACCGAAUCACUUAAAUGCUAUAAUUGUGGCACCGUACGAAGAGUGUUCCCCAGUCCUACCGCAACAUUAUCGUCGUCGAGAAGCCAAGGUACUUGGGUACAUCAGCAACAACAACAACAACAGCAGCAGCAGAAACAAUUGCAGCAGCCGCAGCAACAACAACAAAUUCAGCGACGACAAAAUGAAAACCAAUUGCAGAACUUGAGCGCAACAACAACGGGGGUGGUGGAGCCUGUGACAGAGCUGGCCGACGAAUGUGAUGAGGAGGUGGAUGUCGCGUCAAUUGUUGAUAAGCAUAGACCUGUGGCCAGAAAUGAGCACAACAACAAGCACGGCUUAGGUCAGGGGCAGGCGUCACAUGGACAUGUGUACAAGUCGCUGCUGCGUGGUUGCUUGAAGCGUCCACAACGCAAUAGUCAGAAUUUGCCCGGAAAUUGUGUGGACUGCGAGGAGACGCGUAAAUAUAUCAAAAGCUCCAUUGAACUCUAUCGUCAUUUUUCAAAUCCGGCGUUAAAUCGUCGCUGGAUCUGUCGCGCAUGCGACACGGAUAACAAUUCGGUAACAUGGCACUGUGUCAUCUGUGACACGGUCAGCUAUCUGGCGCCCAUCUACAAGGAGACACUUUGCACGCGACGGCAUGAGCUGGAUAUGCAACAGCAACAGCAGCAGCAACUGAAUGAUAAGCAACAGGAGCUGCAACGUGAAGUGGAGCAGCAGCAGCAAAUACAGGAGCAACAGCAACAGCAGUCGCUGUUGGAUAUUCAACAUCAUUCCAAUAGGCGACACGCCAAGGCGCGUAAGAACUCUUGUAUACGACGCACGCAAAGCUUAAGCACCGCCAUCGAUAAGAGCUCAUCAAGCGCCAAUAGCGCAGCUUAUAGUUCGUUUGUUGCCGCGUCCUCGGCAUCGGGUCGCAGCUGUCACAUUUGUUACGUCAGCAAGCUGAGCAAGGAUAUCUUUAAUCUGCCCAUUGAUGCCAGUCAAAUAAGCUAUCAGCAGCAGCAGCAGCAGCAACAACAACAACAACAACAGAAGAACAGCACAUCGGCGGCGCCCAUCGCCUGCAGUAAUUCGCGCUUCGCCAUUGCCAACGAUACGUUCUGUCGACGCAAGCAAAACAACAACAACAGAAAUCUGAACAACAAAGUACUGCGCGAGGGCUGUGCCAAAAAGAAAUAUAAUUUUACCAUCACCACGCUGUCGCGAUCAGGCAAAGCCAACGCCGUUGCGCUUCCAACGCCAGCUGCGGCUGCGGCUGUGGCUGCUGCUGCAGCGAAGCACAAGCCCAAGCUCAAGUCGGAGCUUGCGUCAAGCAAAGUCAGCGCAGUACCAGCGAGCGUGGCGGGCAGCUCACAGUUUACUAUACCGCGUAACGGCGUUUUUAUAGCGGUUAAUGAUUGGGCAGAGCCCACGCCCACGCCGCCAGUAGCCGCCGCCGGAGCAGCAGCACGCCACAUCAAUAAGCAACAAAACGCAGCCAUAAUGCAGCACUGUGAUAAAACAUACAACAACAACAACAAUAACAACCACAUCAACAACAGCAGCAGCAGCAGCAGUAGUAGCAGCAGCAGCAAAGCCAACAGCGUCAGCAGCAGCAACAACGGCAGCAGCAGUAGCAGCAGCAGCAACAACAACAGCGGCAGCAGCCAUAGCAAUAAAAUGCAUCAGCAGCUGUAUGAAAAUGAAUGUAUUGCUAUCCAACAGCAGCAGCAACAACAAUUGCAACAUCAGCAGCAGCAACAACAACAACAACAACAACAUCAAAUAAAAACAGACUCCAUAAUGCCGAUUUAUGCUCAGGUGAACAAACAGCACAAGCUCAAUAAAAAGAGAGAAACAACAACAGCAAACGCAUCCUCAGUGCUUCAUGCUAACAACAAUAGCAAUCAGAAUAGUAACAAUAGUAGCUUUGAACUUAUUGAAAAUAGCAUCGAACCAACUACAGCAGAGCUGAGCAGCGAAUCAAACAGCGAUGAGUUAGAGUCCAUCUCAUCGGCAGCCGCAACGGCAGCAUUAGUAACAACAAGUGAUUUUUAUAAUGCUUCAGAGCACUCAAUAUACGCCAAGGUGUGGAAGGGACCGCGCAAAACGACUGAAUCGAAAAUUAGCAGCACGCAUGAGGCAGCAGCGGCCAGCAAUCGCCUCAUUGCAGCAGCAGCAGCAACAGCAGCCAUACGCAACGACAAUAAACCACAUUCAAUGCUGCAGGGCAGCAGAAACAAGAUGUGGACGUGCAGCAAAUGUUCCUAUGCCUACAAUCGUCUCUGGUCCGAGGCCUGUGAAAUGUGUGAGACGACGGCAACCACACCACCAACAGCAACAACAACACCUACAGCAACAACUUCCAAUAAGCUGCCAGAGCAAAUAGCGGCUUUGGCUGCCAUACAGCUCGAGCCACGCAGCGACGAGCCUUGGACCUGUAAAAAAUGCACGCUGGUUAACUAUUCCACAGCCAUGGCCUGUGUUGUCUGCGGUGGCUCUAAGCUCAAGAGCAUCUCCUCCAUUGAGGACAUGACGCUGCGCAAGGGCGAGUUCUGGCAAUGCAGUCACUGCACCUUGAAGAAUUCGCUCUCCGUCGGCGUGUGCAGCGCCUGUAAAUCCUUGCGUCUGCUGCCGCUGCCCGUGGGCACAGUGCGUGAACGACCCGAUGGGCAGUCGUAUGAGGAGCAGGAUAUAGCUAGCACACAGACCAGCGGCGAACAGAGCAGCCAGCUGCAGCUACCACCCCAUCGCACUUCGCGCAGUCCCUCACCCCGCAUCAAUCCACUGCCAGCAGCGGUAGCCGCAGCUGCUGCAGCGGGGGGCAUUACCUCUAGUCAACAGUUGCAGCAGCAGCUGCAACGCAGCUCCUCGGGUGCCAUACCCAAGCGCCAUAGCACGGGCGGCUCCAUUGUGCCGCGCAACAUUUCCAUAGCCGGCCUAGCGCUGCCGCCGUCGAUUGCGCCCAGCUCCAGCUCCUCAUACAAUCUACAGUGCACUGCAGCUGCUGGCAGUGGCGUUAAGAAAUGGCAAUGUCCAGCCUGCACCUAUGAUAACUGCGCUGCCUCUGUGGUCUGUGAGAUCUGCUCGAGUCCGCGUGGUCUGGUCAAUGCAGUAUUAACCAAUGAGCUGGCGCGCAAAUCGCUGCGCGUUGCUGCUCUUACAGAAAUCCGGCAGGAGAGCAAGCUGAUGGAGAACCUGCGCCAGCUGGAGGAGACCGAAGCGCUAACCAAAUGGCAGAACAUUAUACAAUACUGUCGAGAUAACAAUGAGCUAUUUGUGGAUGAUUCUUUUCCGCCGGCGCCCAAGAGCCUCUACUAUAAUCCAGCCGCCAGCGCUGCCGAUGGCGGCAAUCCAGUCGUGCAGUGGCGACGUCCUCAUGAGAUUAACUGCGAUGGCGGUGCAUAUCCGCCGUGGGCUGUCUUUCGCACGCCGUUGCCCUCGGAUAUCUGCCAGGGAGUGCUGGGCAAUUGCUGGUUGCUGAGCGCGUUGGCUGUGCUUGCAGAGCGCGAGGAUCUAGUCAAGGAGGUGCUGGUAACAAAGGAAAUAUGCGCACAGGGCGCCUACCAGGUGCGUCUAUGCAAGGAUGGCAAGUGGACCACAGUGCUGGUGGAUGACCUGUUGCCCUGCGAUAAGCGUGGACAUUUGGUUUACUCGCAGGCCAAGCGCAAGCAGCUCUGGGUGCCGCUCAUCGAGAAGGCAGUAGCCAAAAUCCAUGGGUGCUACGAAGCGCUUGUCUCGGGACGCGCCAUCGAGGGUUUAGCCACGUUGACGGGCGCGCCCUGUGAGAGCAUUCCACUGCAGGCCAGUUCGCUACCCAUGCCCAGCGAGGAUGAGCUCGAUAAGGAUUUGAUCUGGGCGCAAUUGCUGAGCUCACGUUGUGUGCGCUUUCUUAUGGGCGCAAGCUGCGGUGGUGGCAACAUGAAAGUCGAUGAGGAUGAGUAUCAGCAGAAGGGACUACGUCCACGUCAUGCCUACUCCGUGCUGGAUGUGAAGGACAUACAAGGACAUCGGCUGUUGAAGCUGCGCAAUCCUUGGGGCCAUUAUUCCUGGCGCGGCGACUGGUCGGAUGAUUCGUCGCUCUGGACAGAUGAUCUGCGCGACGCGCUCAUGCCGCAUGGCGCCUCGGAGGGAGUCUUCUGGAUAUCCUUUGAGGAUGUGCUCAACUACUUUGAUUGCAUUGACAUUUGCAAGGUGCGCUCUGGGUGGAACGAAGUGCGUCUGCAGGGCACGCUCCAACCACUUUGCUCAAUUUCCUGUGUGCUGCUCACCGUGCUCGAGCCCACGGAGGCUGAGUUUACGCUCUUCCAGGAGGGUCAGCGCAACUCGGAAAAGUCACAGCGCUCUCAACUCGAUCUGUGUGUUGUUAUAUUUCGCACUCGUUCGCCGGCGGCGCCAGAGAUUGGACGGCUCGUCGAGCAUAGCAAGCGUCAGGUGCGUGGUUUUGUGGGCUGCCACAAGAUGCUGGAGCGUGAUAUCUAUUUGCUUGUUUGCCUCGCCUUCAAUCACUGGCACACGGGUAUCGAAGAUCCGCAUCAAUAUCCACAGUGCAUUCUAGCCAUACAUAGCUCCAAGCGAUUGCUUGUGGAGCAGAUUACACCCUCGCCCCAUUUGCUUGCUGACGCUAUUAUCAGCCUGACCUUGACCAAGGGACAGCGACAUGAGGGUCGCGAGGGCAUGACGGCUUACUAUCUAACCAAGGGCUGGGCUGGAUUGGUGGUCAUGGUGGAAAAUCGGCAUGAAAACAAGUGGAUACAUGUCAAGUGUGACUGCCAGGAGAGCUAUAAUGUGGUGUCCACACGUGGUGAGCUCAAGACAGUGGACUCGGUACCGCCGCUGCAGAGACAAGUGAUCAUAGUGCUGACGCAGCUGGAAGGUAGUGGUGGCUUUAGCAUUGCCCAUCGGCUUACACAUAGAUUGGCCAAUUCGCGUGGCCUGCACGACUGGGGACCACCUGGCGCUACACACUGUCCACCCAUUGAGAAUGUCCACGGAUUGCAUGCGCCGCGUCUGAUAACAUAGGUCGGUAUUCUAAUAACUUAUCAGAAGGGGUACGGGUUGCAAGGGUUGUGUUAAACCGUGUGCGUUAGUUCAAAUCGUAACUUACCAAAAAAAAAACGAAAAACUAUAAACAAAUCAAAGCAAAAGUUAUAUAUGUAUGUAUAUGUAUUACUCUGCAGUUGCCAUUUUAAUUUAAUUCGGUGUUCAAUUGCAUAGUUCGUGAAACAAAGCGAUAUAUAAUAAUAAUAAUUUGUCUUGUUUCAUUAUUGCAUAUUCUAGUCGAUGUCUUAUCAACAUCAUACGUAC